AUGGUUUCCGAAAACUUUCCUUCUCCAAACGCGAUUCCUCCACGAACUUCCUCCAACGGUCAAAAUAAUAUCAAUCACUCAGCUUCGAAAUCUGUCCUGCGUCCAGUCCCGGAAGGCGAUUGGAUCAGUCAGAGAAAUAGUAUGCAUACCGCACAAUCUUCUCAAUCUUCGGGAGCCAUGAAUCCUUCAAUCCACGGAGGUUCUGCUCCAGAUCCAAAUAAAUAUACAAAAAACGAUAUGGCAUUUCAUGGAAGGAGUUCUUGGGCUCCAGAGAAGGAAAAGAUAUUGUUCGGUCCAUACGAUUAUUUGGAGGCACAUCCAGGAAAGGAUAUAAGAAAACAAUUGAUCGCCGCAUUCAAUGAAUGGUUGGAGGUACCACCGGAGAGUUUAGAGGUCAUCACCAAAGUCGUGGGAAUGUUGCACACGGCAUCCUUACUCGUCGAUGAUGUUGAAGAUUCAUCAUUAUUGCGACGCGGAUUACCUGUCGCACAUAGUAUUUUUGGUACGGCGCAAACGAUCAAUUCUGCAAAUUAUGUAUACUUUUGCGCAUUGCAAGAACUUCAAAAACUCAACAAUCCACAAGCUAUUACGAUUUACACGGAAGAGUUAUUAAAUCUUCAUCGGGGUCAGGGUAUGGAUUUAUUCUGGAGAGAUAGUCUCACUUGUCCCACCGAAGACGAUUAUUUGGAAAUGGUUGGUAAUAAGACUGGUGGGCUCUUCAGACUCGCUGUCAAGCUCAUGCAAGCUGAGAGCAAAACCUCAAGGGAUUGUGUUCCAUUAGUCAACCUCAUCGGCAUCAUUUUCCAAAUUCGCGACGAUUAUCAAAAUCUUUCGUCGCCCGAAUACUCGCAAAAUAAGGGGCUCUGUGAGGAUUUAACGGAAGGCAAAUUCUCAUUUCCCAUCAUCCAUUCCAUUCGCGCCGCCCCCGAUAAUCUCGUUCUGCUCAAUAUUCUGAAACAGAAGCCAGAUGAUGAACAGGUUAAGAAAUAUGCAGUGGCUUAUAUGGAACAAACGGGAAGUUUCGAAUAUUGUCGAAAGGUUUUGGUUACCUUGAGCGAGAGAGUUAAAAAGUUGAUUGAGGAGUUGGAUGAUGGUGGAAAUAAGGGCAAGGGAGUGAUGAAAAUCUUGGAUAAAAUGGCUAUCUAA